UAUGCAAUAUGCCGAUGUUGUUUUCCUAGUUGAUGGUUCUCAGUAUAUGGGACUCUCCAGAUUCAAUCAGAUCCGAAACGUCAUCUUAAAAACUGUUUCUCAACUUGAGAUCGGGGUGGACAAGUUCCAAGUUGGUCUCGCCCAAUAUGGUAUGUCCACCCAUUCUGACUUCGUACUGAAUACCUUCCAAACAAAUGCAAAAGUGAGAAACUACAUAAGGAAUAUUCGUAGGCCUACAUUUCGGGGGAGUCGUGGGCUCAGAACAGGCAAUGCCAUUGACUUCCUGAGGAAGACCUUUUUCAAUGAGUCCACUGGAAGUCGACAGGCUCAAGGAUUUCCUCAGAUUGCUGUAAUAAUUACUUCGGAAUCUUCAAGGGAUAAUGUUAUCCCGGCUGCCAGAGAGAUAAGAAGCAAAGGGGUGAAGGUUAUCUCCAUUGGUGUGAAGAAUUCUUCUCUUGAUGAGCUGAAGGAUAUAGCCUUUCCCAGUAAGCAAUUUUAUUUCCAGGUUGAUGCUGGUGAUGCACUUGUUGGGUUAUCCAAUAAAAUAUCCAGCACCAUCGUGAGGACAGCACAAGAGGAAUUUCAGUUCCGAGAGUCAAGUAGCCAAACAGCUCCAUGCCAGUCUGAUUCAAUCGCUGACAUUAUCUUCUUGGUAGACGGAUCUGAUAACAUUGGGCCAAUCAACUUUCAAUUACUCAGAAUUUUCCUCCAAAAUGUAAUCUUUGGCCUGGACGUCAAAGCCGAUAAAGUUCGCAUUGGUUUGGUCCAGUACAACAAAGUACCGACAGAAGAGUUUUAUUUAGGAACUUAUCACCAGAAGAGUGAAAUCCUGGAGCAUGUCAGAUCAUUACCCUACUGGGGAGGAGGCAGAAUGACGGGCAAUGCCAUCAACUUUGUAUGGAGAAACUGCUUUACACCACUGUCUGGCAGUCGUGCCACGAAUGAGAUCCCCCAAAUUAUGGUUUUGAUCACAAGUGGUGAAUCCCAGGAUCAGGUGGAGGAGCAAGCAGAAUCUCUGCGCCGUAAGGGUGUUAUAGUUUUUGCCUUGGGAAUUGGAAAUGUCAACGUAACGGAGUUGAAGAAAAUCGCUUCAUAUCCUUCAGAGACAUAUGUUUCCAGAGUGAAAGACUUCAUUCAGUUGUCACCUACUACAGAGAUACUGCAGAAGAAGAUUUGCUCUGAGAUCAACAGACAAAUCUCAGUGGUAGCGGGCCAAGAAGAUGACCUUAAACAAGGCUGCAUUCAGACUGAAGAAGCUGAUAUUUUUUUUCUCAUUGAUGGGUCAACCAGCAUUGAGCUUCCACACUUCGAGGACGUUCGAAGUUUCCUGAUCGAGGUUGUUAAUGUAUUCAACAUUGGUGCAGAUCAAGUACGUGUUGGGGUUGUCCAGUAUGCAACAGACCCAAUAAUUGAAUUUGGAGUCACUCAAUAUACCAAUAAAACAAGUUUGGAGGCUGCAAUUAAAAAAAUCUCUCAAAUUGGCGGAAAUACUGGAACAGGUCUUGCGUUAAGCCACAUGAAAGAUCACUUCAGGGAAGCCGCAAGAAGCCGCAGAAGUACUGUACCACGCUAUCUGAUCACCAUCACCGAUGGACAAUCACAUGAUGAUGUAAAAAUUCCUGCUGGAGAGUUAAUGCAGCAAGGAAUAACUACUUAUGCUGUAGGGGUAGGUCAGGCAGAUACAGCUGAACUUGAACUGAUUGGUGGAACCAAAGAAAGGGUUUAUUACGUCGAUAACUUUGAUGCAUUAAAAUAUCUGAAGAAUCGCAUAGUCCAGCAAAUAUGCUCACCGGAAGCCUGCAGUAAAUUGGGCCACACUGACAUCGUCUUCCUAAUUGAUGGAUCGGGAAGCAUAGGCAUGAAUGAAUUUGUAAAAAUGAAAGAGUUUAUGAUUAACAUUGUCGACAAGUUGACUACUGGACCUGAUCAUGUGCGCAUAGGUCUAAUACAAUAUUCCGCAGAUCCUGAAGAAGAGUUUCCUCUUAAUGAAUAUCCAUCGGAAGAAUUACAUGAGCUGAUUCAUAAAAUGAAACAGUUGGCCGGACGCACUGAGACUGGCAAAGCCCUGAACUUUGCAGCAGACUACUUUGAUAAAUUAACAGUGAGUCAGACUGGUGCCUCCCAGUUUCUCAUCGUGGUCACUGAUGGAGAGUCACAGGAUGGGGUUCUGACACCAGCGAAAAACAUCAGGGAUAAACAAGUCACAGUGUUAGCUGUGGGUAUUCGUGACGCCAACAUUACUCAACUUCUGGAAAUUGGAGGAGCUCAUGAUAAGAUUAACUACAUUGAAAAGUUUGACCUGCUGAAAGAUCUGGAAGAAAAAAUAUCCUGGCAGAUCUGUAUUGCUCCUGAUGGGAAGUUUGUCUGCCUGAAAACGGAUGCAAUGGAUAUUGUUUUUGUGAUUGACGGAUCAAGCGACACACAACCAGAUGCGUUUGAGCGUAUGAAAAGUUUCAUGAUGACAAUGGUGAACAUUUCAGUUGUCGCCUCCGACCAUGUGCAGUUUGCUGCCAUACUGUUCAAUGAGAAAGCUGAUGUCCAAUUCCAACUGAACCAAUUCCGGAACAAAAUGGAGAUCCACAAAGCCAUAAACCAAAUGCAGCCAUUAGGAGGAACCGCAGCCAUUACACAUGCUCUUAAUCAGGCAAAACAGGUUUUAGCCACAGACAAAGGGGGCCGAAAAGCACAUGGUGCCUCACAGUUCAUUAUAGUGAUGACUAAUGUAGAAGCGAGAGAUUUAAUCCAACAACAAUUGGUGGAUGACUUUAGAAAGAGUGAAAUUACUGUAAUCACCGUGAGAACGCCCAGACGCAACGAAGCAUUCCUGCGAAUAGAAGGUGCCAAUGAAACUGACUUGAGCUUUCAAAGUCCUGAUGCCAUGAAUCAAAUAAUGAACAGCAUUCUGCAGCAGAUUUGUGAAAAAACAAAGCCAGAUUGUGAACUUCAGGAAGCAGAUAUUGUUUUUCUCGUGGAUGGAUCAACGAGUAUUGAUCCUAAAGACUUUAGACUCAUGAAAUCUUUUCUGGAAUAUGUGAUUCGUGUUUUUCCUGUCGACCCAAAUAAAUUCCAGUUUGGUCUGGCGCAGUUCAGUACACGUUAUGACAAGGUCUUUGAAUUAAAUGCUUUUGCAACCAAAAUUCCUAUGCUGAGGAAAAUUGAAGAUAUGGACCAACUGACGGGAAACACCAAUAUUGGAAUGGCUCUAAGAGAGACGGCUGACUUGUUCACAAAGAAAGCAGGUAGUCGGAAAUCAUCUGGAGUUCCCCAAAACCUGUUAGUGAUCACUGAUGGGGAGUCAACAGAUCCUGUGGUCGCCUCUGCUAAAAAUAUUAGUCAAGAUAAGAUAAACAUAUUUGCUGUUGGUAUAAAGGACGCAAGUGAGACCCAACUUUUACAAAUCGCAGGGUCAACUGAAAACAUAUUUUUUGUUCAAGAAUUUGAAGAUCUGGACAAGAUUAAAAGAAGGGUCAUCCGCAGUUUCUGUACGCCAAGCGCAGAUUGCAUCAUUGAUGUUGCCAUUGGAAUAGAUGUCAGUAGUCUGAAACAAUUGCAGACGACACCUGGCAGUCAGCUGAAAAUGCAGAUGCAUCUGAAUAGCAUCAUUGACAGAAUGUUGGAUCUUCACAAUAUCAGCUGCAAGGGAGGUCACGGUCUCAACAUGAGGGUUGACUUUCACAAGUCCAAAAUGGAUACAGCGUUUGACUUUAAAAGCAUUGAUUCCAGAAGUGUGAAUGCAUUGAUUGUGGUUCCUCUGGAAACAAAAAGUACUGACAACUUUGCUGAACUAGAGUUUGGACGAGGGUUUGGUUACAGAAACAAACUGAGGAUCGAUAUGCCCGAUAUUGGAAAUGCUUUGAUGUCAGAAAUUGGGAACGCAGGUCAAGAGGGAAGUAGAGGAUAUGCAGGAGAAGACGGAACUAUGGGCAGCAGGGGACCUGUAGGUGUUACUGGAGCACAAGGAGCAGAUGGAUGCCAAGGUCCCAGAGGCCUCAAGGGAUCAAGAGGGUAUCGAGGAGCGAAGGGUGACAGUGGUCUCAAUGGUGUGGAUGGAAUAAAUGGAAAAGAGGGAGAUCCUGGAACUCCUGGACUCGGUGGAGAAAAAGGGGCUGAUGGAAACACUGGAAGUAAAGGUGUUCAAGGAUUCAAGGGUGAACGAGGAGAUCCUGGUCUACCAGGGGACACUGGUGAAGUCGGAUUAGACGGUACACCAGGCCAGGCUGGCAAUGAAGGAAAUCGCGGAUCUAAUGGAGCUUUUGGUUCUCCUGGAAUAAGAGGAGAGAAAGGAUUAACAGGGGUUCAGGGCCCAAUGGGAAGAGAAGGUGACAUCGGUGCCAAAGGGAAUGAAGGAUUCAAUGGGCGAAAGGGCAUGGAUGGAUCUGAUGAAAUUGGAACCCCUGGACCUAAAGGGCGAGAGGGACCACGAGGAUACCCUGGUUUUCCUGGUCAGCUGGGACCAAAUGGUAUCACUGGAACCUCUGGUGUUGGGGGACGGGCUCAAAGGGCCAAAGGGGCCGGCAUCCUUGCAACUUGCUGUUCAUCAAAAAGUUUAGAGUGCCCUGUUUACCCUAUGGACUUAGUGUUUGCGUUGGACAUGUCCCAGGAGGUGACGCCAUCCAUAUUUAACAGAAUGCGGAAGAUAGUAAAUGACUUUGUGCAGGAUCUUAAAGUCACUGAAGGUGCCUGCCCAGAGGGAGCACGUGUGGCAGUUCUUUCCUACAGCUCCACACCAAAAAUGCAUAUACGAUUCACAGAAUUUAGGAAAAAACAGGCUUUUCUGAAAGCGCUGGCGAAGCUAAAUUAUGAGCAGUCAGCCGACUACCGAAAUAUCGGACUAGCAAUGAGGUUCGUUGCAAGAAAUAUCUUCAAGCGUGCACGUGGUGGCUUUCUUGUCAGAAAAGUAGCAGUAUUUAUUACCAAUGGCCCAUCUCAAGAGACAACAUCAAUCAUGUCAGCAGCCCUGGAGUUCAAAGCCUUGGACAUUACGCCGGUUGUCAUUUCUUUCUCUAGGGUCCCUGAAAUACAGCUUCCUUUCCAGGUAGGAUAUCUAUGA